AUGUCGUAUGCGAGUCGGAAGCCGCAGUCGCGUGCUGAAGCGGAUGCAAAUGCGCGUGCACUACGCAGCAUGGUGAAGCAGCCGGACAACAAGGUGUGCGCGGACUGCAAGCGCAACGAUACACGUUGGGCAUCGUGGAAUAUUGGGUGUUUUUUGUGCAUUCGGUGCUCGGGCAUUCACCGAAGUAUGGGUACGCACAUUAGCCGCGUCAAGUCGAUUGAUCUUGACAUGUGGACGAUGGAGCAGAUGGAUUCAAUGCGUAACUGGGGAAACAAGCUUGUGAACGUGUACUGGGAAGCACACUUGAAGCCUGGGCACGUUCCGCCGGAUCACAAAAUAGAGAGUUUCAUCCGGAGCAAGUACGAGGCGCGUCGCUGGGCAAUUCAAGGGCCACCACCGCAAGAUCCCUCUGCAUUGCUUGGCAGUGCAGGUGCUGGAACGUUGGAUGCAGAAGCAGCCGCCGCGCCGAAGUCUGUCGCGCCGACCAAGUCGGAUGCGCUGCUGGAUUUGUUGGGUGAUGCAGCGCCUGCACCUACACCUGCAGCAUCACGCGCUCCUCCAGCAGUGUCGAAUACGUCUGCGCUGGCGCCGAAGCCUGCGGCUAACGCGCCUCCUACGCGCGCCGGCGGCCUCUUUGAUUUGGACUGGGACGACAGUGCAGGCUCGGCGGCGCAUGCCACGCAGACGCAGACCUCGGUACGGUCUACGCUGGGAUCUAAAGGCAAGCAGGAUAUUUUGAGCCUUUUUUCCGCGCCGCGCCCUGCCGCCACGCCCUCCGCCUUUAGCCAGGAAGCCGCGCCAAUGGGGCAUUUUGGCGCGCCGGCGCUAGAAAGUGCGUCUCCGCACAUGGACAUUACAGGAACACAGGAUAUAUGGGGCGCCCCAAAACCUGCCGGAGCCACGCCCGCGUCCAACGAUGCUUUUGCCGACAUCUGGGGCGACUUUACGUAG